GGGGCGGGGGGUUAGUUGGCACUGAGAAAAAUGAGUGUGUAACAGCAAAGAGAGGUCUGUUGGAAUAGUUGGCAAAGUGUGUCAGUAAAAAAAGGUACCAUGUCAAAGAAGCAAGCAAGCUUGGUCUUGAAGGGAAGCACCUCUCCAAAGACUCAAUUCCUCUGAGAGGGAAAAAAAAAUAAAAUAUGGCGAAGAUUCAAAGUAAAUAAUAUUAUAAUCCAAGAUUAGAGUGAGAGAAAUUACAGGAGUGAAGUGUGGAAGCAGUGGGAAGGGAAAAGUGAUUAGGUUCUGUAAUAAUUCACCUACAACUGAAGAGCAGUUGGCAGUAGUUUUGUCUUUUAAAACCUUACAUGUCACUCCAUGGCCGAGGCAGGUAUGCAAAGUCUCUUCUCUCUGUCAAUCUCUCCUCUCUGUCUCUAGCCUAAGAGCUCACUAGAUUGUCUAUGAUCUGUUAAAUUUGAUAUUUGAUACUUUCUCUGCCCGUUUAAGCAAGUACCCAAGUGGUGAAUUUGGCUUCUCUUGUCGAAUUUUAACAGAGCAUUCGAUGCUCUUGAAGGUACAAUCAAAUGCCCAAUUCGGGGUUCAGUGCUAAAACACUGCCCCAUUUCAGUUAGUGCACAAUUAUAGCAAAAAUUUGAUGCUUUUUGUUCUUCUUUUGGUACUCAUCCGAGAAUCUGUCAAAAGGGUUUCUGCAACUCCUGGUCUAGUGGUUCUUGGGUUUGUUGGGCCUUUUGAUUUCGAAACUUGAAGAACUGGUCAUUUCUUCAUUUGGAUUUCACUGGGCACUACUUCAAAUACCAGAUUUUUCAUUGCUUGAAACUUGAAGUGAUCCUUCUCAAUCAAGUCUUUCUUGAAAAGAUCCAAGCUUGCUUAAAUCAAUCACAUUGAUUUCUUUUUUGGCAAACGCAAUGAUGACUGAUUGAGUGGAGGACAUGAAAAAUUCAGUUCUCCCAAUUCCCAUAAACAAAAGAGGAAAAGGGAAUCUGCUUUCUUUUCGCUAGUCUGUUGAGCUGUUAAUUAGCCGAUGCCAUCGUUUGUCUAAGUCUACUUUAUGCUCUGAAAGGUUCACUUUCCUGUCUGUGGGAAGCAUUUUCCUUUUUCCUUAGAAUUCGAUAGACUCGAUCCUAGGGUUUUCGAAAGGAAGAGGUAAUUUGCUGGUGCCGUUUAGAUUUUAUGCCUGAUAGAUUUGGAUUGGUCCUUUUACUUUGUGUCUAUAGGAUGCUGCAAUAAGAGGCUUCUUUUGCUUUACACCCUAUGAGUUCUAUAAAGCUGCCAAGGUUUCUCGUUCCUUGUUGAGUCCUGCAAGAUAUCACCGGUCAAUUUUGGUCAAACCCACUUUACCUUUAGUUUUAUAGUUUCAUUUGUUUUAGUCCUGGUCUGAAGCAACUGUUUUGAUCGGGGUUUCACUUGCUUAGGAUACAAGUGAGUUUCCUAUUUCUGUCGGUGUAGCUUCUUAAUUUAGGAGAUGGAUGGUCAUGAAAAUGAGGGUAUCCUCCAAUGUCCAUCUUCAGGAAUGAGCACAAACCCACUGCCUGAAAAGGUUUCGGGAAUGAUUAUGAACUCUGUCUCUAUGUAUAAACAUUCAAAUGGAGCUGAUCCUUUCUUUAGUUCUGGUUGGGAUCCACUCGUUUCAUUGAGCCACAAUGAGAAUUUUGGGGGUUCUUCCAUGGUUUCUCACAGAGAAUUUGCCAGUACUCCCUACCCUAUUGUUCUGGAAAAUCAGGGAAUUAGUGGCACAUCCCACCUGGUACAGUAUCCAUCCAGUUCCACCUAUGUUGAACUUGUGCCAAAGCUUCCGUGCCUUGGAAGUGGCAGCUUCUCAGAUAUGGUUAAUUCCUUUGGCCUUCCCGAGUGUAGCCAGAUUGUUAAUUCUGAGUGUCCUCAGAAUUAUGCCUCAAGCAAAGAGGAUGGCACUGGACGAACUUCAACAAAUGGUGCACUGUCUCAGGAUGAUCGCCAAAUGUCAGGAGAGGGUGCUGUAGGAUCUUCACCUAAUGCAAAGAGAAGGAAACGAGUGUCUGAUUAUAACAAUUCGCCAGUCAGCCCGCGACAGAAUGCUGCAGGGGAGACGGAGAAGGAUCUGUCUGGUCAGAGCUCCGAUGUUCAAAAAGAAUCAGAUGAGAAGAAACCUAAAACUGAACAAAACCCAGGUUCAAAUUUUCGUGGUAAACAAACGGGAAAACAAGGUAAAAAUGCUUCCAGUGCAGAUGGUUUUAAAGAAAAUUAUAUUCAUGUUAGAGCACGAAGGGGCCAGGCCACAAACAGUCAUAGCCUUGCCGAAAGGGUCAGAAGAGAAAAGAUUAGUGAGAGGAUGAGAUUGCUUCAAGAACUUGUACCCGGAUGCAAUAAGAUUACUGGGAAGGCAGUAAUGCUUGACGAGAUUAUCAACUACGUGCAGUCGCUACAACAACAAGUUGAGUUUUUGUCAAUGAAACUCGCCACUGUCAAUCCAGAACAGAACGUUGAUAUAGAACAGAUUCUGUCAAAAGAUAUAAUUAAUUCACGGAGUGGCACCGGAGCUAUUCUCGGAUUUGGUCCUGGAACAAGCUCCUCUCAUCGUUUUCAUCGUGGAACAUUUCAAGGGACCUUGCCAAGUAUCUCCAGUACAACUUCAAAAUAUCCUUUGUUGCCGCAGACUGUCUUAGACAAUGAGCUCCAUGGUCUUUUCCAAGUGGGAUUUGAUUCUUGUCCAGCUGUUGACAAUUUGGGAUCAAAUGGGCACUUUAAACCAGAGCUUUAAUGAUUGGAAGAGAGCAGUGUUGAUUUCCUCCUAACAAGAUAUAAAAUAUAUCAAGUUGACUGCAAAUUUAACUCGAUUACAAAAGGGGAAAGAAAUAGGUCAAAGAAUAAACAGUUGUAUGCUUGUUCUUCUAAUUUUUUGCAGAAGAAGAUGACCUGUUAGAAUUAGAAACCAUGUAUAUUCGGACAAGAAAAACAAUGAGACUAUGGUUGGUGAAGAUUAUUGUUUCUAAUUGUUUCUGUAUAUAAGAGCCAUUAUGUGUGAA